AUGGGCUUCUGUACGAGGGCGGAGCAGGAAUCAGGCUUCUCUGUUCUCGCGGAAUAUACCGAGAAGCAAAAGGCGGCAAUGCACAAAAGACCCAUCGAUCUGAAGAACGCCCGCAACAUGUUCGUCGAAGCGGUAGUCGCCGCCAAGAUCAAAGCCAUGGAGCUCGGAGAAGAAGACAGCAAUGAGGCUAAAUGUCUCCCAGGUUGGGCCGACAUUGACGACACAGACACACAAAGCGCAAGGUUUUCUCAGCAAAUGAUGAUCUGGCUCAUGGAGACGGGAUUCGAGAAGCUGGCCCUGCUGGUGAUGACAGGGUCCAGUUCAGCCUACAGCGAAGCCCAUGACCAAGUGAACAUGGCCGAUGUAGCCGACGACGAUGCAGCCGAAUUCAUCGAGGAAAAAGAAGAAGAGCAGGAGCGGAAGAAUGAGCAGGCUGCAAUUGCACCAUUCAUUCAGGAAAAGAAGACCAGCAGGACCAAGAAGAGGACAAAGCACCAGAUUUUUCUCGAUCGCGUGGCCAAGAUGAGCGACUAUGACGUUUUCACGCCCCGAUGCAACAAGCUCCUGGAGCUUCAUCACAAUAUCUUGGCACUCAUCAUCAUUGCCGAAGCCUUCCGCCGACGUCAAUCUGUUGAUAUUUCGAUUUACUCUGGUGUCUUGAGCACAAAGGAGAGGGAUGACCUCUUGCACAAGUGGCAGACGGUGUCGCAUGGGACGACGCCCAUCGGCUUCCAAGCCAAGGCUGGUGGAACUGGGCUGACCAUCAACGAAGCGUCGCAGGUUAUCUUUGUGGAGCCCUGGUGGAACUCGCUCGAUACACUGCAAGCCGAGGGACGAGCCAUCUAA